GUCUCCGCCCUCUCUCCCCUCCCUCUCUGUCCUAACCCGGAUCUACACUCUUGCUCCCCUUUCACCUCACGGCCGACUGUUGCCCUACGCGGGAGGCCGAUCAGCGGGCUGCUGGCUGCUGCAAGGCAGGGGCGUGGGGUACGGGGCGUGGAGGGUGGCGGCGGCGACGGCACGGCUUUCCCUGAGCGGUGAUGGCGCGGCAGGGCGCCAGGAAACGGGCGCCGCUGUAGCGGACUCCGCGGCGGGCCUGAAGCGGCCUUAGCGCCGGUCGCGCGCGCCAUGGCCCCCAUGGGCAUCCGCCUCUCCCCGCUGGGGGUGGCCGUUUUUUUCCUGCUGGGGCUCGGGGUGCUCUACCACCUCUACUCGGGCUUCCUGGCCGGCCGCUUCAGCCUCUUCGGCCUGGGCAGCGAGCCGGCGGGCGGGGAGGCCGAGGUGGCGGCCGACGGGGGUACGGUGGACCUGCGCGAGAUGCUGGCCGUGGCCGUGCUGGCGGCCGAGCGCGGCGGCGACGAGGUGAGGCGGGUCCGCGAGAGCAAUGUCCUCCACGAGAAGUCCAAGGGGAAGACGCGCGAGGGCGCCGAGGAUAAGAUGACCAGCGGCGACGUGCUGUCCAACCGCAAGAUGUUUUACCUGCUCAAGACCGCCUUCCCCACCGUGCAGAUAAAUACUGAGGAACAUGUGGAUGCAUCUGACAAGGAGGUCAUUGUAUGGAACCGUAAGAUUCCUGAGGACAUCCUGAAGGAAGUAGGUGCUCCUAAGGAGGUGCCAGCAGAAAGUGUGACUGUCUGGAUUGACCCACUUGAUGCUACCCAGGAGUAUACAGAGGAUCUUCGAAAGUAUGUCACUACCAUGGUGUGUGUAGCUGUGAAUGGCAAACCUGUGGUGGGAGUUAUUCAUAAGCCAUUUUCUGAAUAUACAGCUUGGGCAAUGGUAGAUGGUGGUUCAAAUGUGAAAGCCCGUUCUUCCUACAAUGAGAAAACCCCAAAGAUCAUUGUGUCUCGCUCUCAUGCAGGAAUGGUCAAACAGGUUACUCUUCAGACAUUUGGAAACCAGACUUCAAUUAUCCCAGCUGGUGGUGCUGGUUACAAAGUUUUAGCACUCUUGGAUGUGCCUGAUAUGACUCAAGAAAAAGCAGAUCUAUAUAUUCAUGUGACAUACAUCAAAAAGUGGGAUAUAUGUGCUGGCAAUGCCAUCUUAAAAGCCCUCGGUGGGCAUAUGACCACUCUGAAUGGUGAAGAGAUCAGUUAUACUGGGUCUGACGGCAUUGAAGGGGGACUCCUUGCUAGCAUCAGAAUGAACCACCAAGCUCUGGUCAGAAAACUUCCAGAUUUAGAAAAGUCGGGCCAUUAGUAAGCAUUCCUGACCACAAGCUGCAACUCUUGCAGAUGUGAGUUGUUCGGCCUGGCCUGUGGGAAGCUUUGAAGCACUGGUGGAGACUAUGCAUGGUUAAAGCCGUCGGAAGGACUUCGGAAGGACUUCGGAAGCAUCAGAGACUUACUUUCCCUGUAAUAGGACACAAAAUCAGGGAAAUUAGAGUGCUUCAUUUCUCAAGUAUUGUCUUUAUUUUUGAGACUAUUUUCAUACAGUUGUCAUACACAAGGCGCAUAUAUAUACAUAUAUACAUAUAUAUAGGCAUAUAUAUGUAUAUAUGUAUAUCUGUGAAUUAAAAAUCUAGAGCUGAGUCUACACUAUUAUGAGUCACCAUUUUCACACAACAAAUGAUGAGUCUGCACUUUGAUACUUCCAUAUAGAAUUGGAUUUGAGGAAGGAAGGCUUGGUUUUAUGUAGAGUUUAGUGUAACUUUGAGGUUGUAUGUUAUUAAAAAUAAAAUCAUUGGUGAUUUUUACUCCUCAGAUGGAAAGCACAAGAAGUCUCAUAUUCAUUAAUAUGCAACAAGUGCUCUGUUCAUCUAUCUUUCUAUGAAUUUAAUAGAAAUGGCUUAAAUAGGUUAUUUUCUUUGAAAUUUUACUAACAGAUUCACCAGCUGGUAGAAAAUAGACAAAUGACUUAAUUAUAAUUGUAAUUACCUAAGUGUUGCUGUUGAUUUUCAUUUCCCCACAGAAGGGGCCAUUUUCAACCUUUCUCCACUGACCAGGACUUAGGCUUCACCAGAAAAGUUGGUUUUAAGUUUCAGUAUUAGUCCCACGAUUUGCUAUAUUUUCUCAUUAAAGAUGAAAUAUGCUGUAAUAUGCUCUAAGAAUAUAAAUGAUUUUGUAAUAGUUGAGAGUUACUUGACACAGUAAAAUUGAAUAGUUUUAGCUAUUUUUCAGGAAUUAUGUUUUAGUUAAUUUUUGAAACCUUGCCAGGUUUAUCUCUAGACAUUCUCUUAUUAUCAAGAAUGGGAAUUUUUUUCUUAGCUAUUAAUAGACUUACUGAAAAUACCCAAAUUACCAAAGGAAUUACUUUUGACACAAUUCUAGUUUUCUCAUUGAUUAAAAAAAAGUUUCCACUCAGCUGACAGAAUGUGGUUAGAAAAAGAUAUGGUAGCAUUUGUCAUGUUGCUAUAACUAAGAACUUGUUUUCUAAGUUGUAUUUGUUGGUGUGAGUAGUUUUUCUUAGUAUGGUCUAGAAAAAAUGAUGUAAAUAAUCAUGUUUUUUCAUGUGGCUUUGAUGCCCUUGUAAACUUUAAUGAGGAAUUUCUCAUUUUUUUCUUUCUUAAAAAUGUAAGCCUAAAGAAAAUUUCUAUUUAUUUUCCUAUUUCAGGACUAAAAUUGGGCAAAGGAUGGACAUCCUAGUCUGGUAUAUUGUGCAUACUUUAGGUUUGCAUGUCAUGGGGCCCAAAUGUCACUACUCAGCAGUGGACUGAAUCUUAUACAGUACAAGUGCUUUCUCCCAUACUUAACAGCUGGUAACAAGUACAUUAGAUUGGCCUUUGUAUGGUCAAAAUUGAAAGUUUUGGUAUUUGGAAGUUUGGUAUUAAUUUAACAGGACUUGUUAGUUUUUAAAACAGUUUCAGACAAGUAAUUUAAUCACUAGAUAAUAUAUCAAGAGAAAGGAAUUCUGCUUUCUCUGGUGAGAUGCCAGAAGCAGGUACUCUCACCAGAAUCCUGUGAUAGGGGCAUCUGUGGUCACUGUAAUGCCUCAAAGCAGAAAAUGGAAUUUAAUUGGGUAUUUCUUAAUGUGUAAAAACCUUAUCAUUUACUACAAGUAAAACUAGUUCAGAUUUUGUAAGCCCAAUUGCUUUUGUUUUUAGUUUCAUUAAUAGUUAUCACUAAGAAUAAGAACUUUGUGUGUUGGGCUCAAAAGUAAAGAUGCUGGCUGAGAGAUGAAAGUAGUUUUUAUAAUUUGUUCUGUGUUGUCUAGCUACUAAUGAUAUUAUGUACUUUUAUAGGCAGUUUUUUUUAUUUAGAUUUUUGUUUAAGAGCCAAUACACACUAUAAGGAAAAUAGUAUUUAUUUAUAUGAGGUAUUAUUGUGCCAGAACAUAUCUGCUGUGGAGUAUGAAAUAUCUGUCAGAAUUAAUAUUGUUUUAUUUGUAAAACAUAACAAGUUUAUAUUUAGAAGCUUACCUAUUUUCCACUUAGUAGAAGCAGAGACAUCCACAGCCUGGACAGGUCACACCAGCUGUCUCCGCCUCACGCAGCUCCUUUUUCCUUUUUGGCUCUCUUUCUUAGCUAUUAUGCAACCUUGCCCCAUGCUUAACCCAAAAUUCUUUUAUAAACUCAUUCUUCUAUAUAUUGUCCACUGAACAGGUAGAAUUGAGACUUUGGUGUAGUUCACAGUAAAAGUGAUCAGUCCCGGAAGAGGUCUAGUUAACCAUUACUUUUGAGGCUUCAUGAGAUGUAAAGAAAAUUACCUUGGAAACCAUAAACAUUUCAUGCUGUUAUAUGACUCAAUACUAACAUUUUUUACAAAGCACCUCUUCCUACCCUUCUCAAGCGUCUAAGCCUGGAAUGUGCUAGUGAAUUGGAUAGGUAAGCCUGCUUGAGGACACCUUGCUUUUCUGUUGGCUUUUAUCCCCAGCCUCCACUUCAAUUGAGUUUACAAGGCUGUACAGACAGUCAUACUCGUCUUUGUGGUUUUUCACCUUUCCCCAGUUUUAUGUUGUUGUUGGUGGUGGGUUUUUUUUUUUAACUAAAAUACUAAAUGAGGUAUUAGUGAUAACUAAUAAAUUGAGAAUUCAUGUGUAUAUGACUAUUAUGGGGCUUCUUUGUUUCCUAGGGCUCCUUUGGACUGUUCUACAGAUUAUGUCAGAAGAAGUAGGUAGGGCCAAGGUUAGGAAGAGAUGGAAGAUUUGGAAGCUCAGGGCAGAGAGAUUAGUGAGGGUGAGAGGCUAGCAUUUGCCCUGGCUCCUGUCCUUACCCUGCUUUUAGAUGCAAAGUUCAAAAAUAGGAUAACACUCUAGCUAUGAAGGUAGUGCUCUGGUAACUCAGGCAGAAGGACAGUCGAGUGCCAACCAUUUUAACUUUCUUGCUCAUAGUUGGUGGCCUUCCUGGGACAGCCUGGAAGGGUAAAGCAAGAGCUAUCGAGAUUAUUCUGGCUGUAACUACCAACAGUGGCUGUGCAUGUCAUUGCUGUGUAGCAAUAGUAGUAGUUUUCAUUUUAGGUCUGAUUAAGAUGUUUUUAAUGCUAUACCUGCAAAGUGGCUCUGUCUUAAAACUGUGUAGAAAAAAAAAAACAAAAAACCCUAAUCUUUGGGAGUUUCCCUAAGGAAAAAAAAAAAGUUGUGCCUUAAAUAGGGCAUUGUAUGUUAAUAAAACAAAACUUUUUUUAAUGAGUGGGGAAAGUAGCUUUUUCCCAUUAAAUUUUAAGUUCUUUUAAUGUGUUUUGUAUCAGAGUUGGGGGAAAGUCAUUAAAAUUAAAUAAACCUGAUGAAUUAUUUUUGCAUAAUGUAGCAUUUAUAGUUGAAGUACAUUUUUCUAAGAACUGGAUCAUGAUGUAUAUAAGUCUGAAAUGAUGUUUCAUCAUUUGGUUUUUAAUUAAAUGUAAGACCAGGAUAGAUUGCAUUUUACAAAUUUUACUUUUAAAUAAAUUAUUUCAGACAACUUGAUAGUUCUCUAAUUCUCUGGAGUAACUUUGGUUAAAAACCAGCUGUUAGUGGUCCGAUUUUGGUGGUCUCUUAAUUAAAUAAUUACUGUGUGUUGUUACAUAACAGAGUUCCUAAUGAGGGAAGGAUUCUGAUCUUGACCAGCCAUGGUUGUGAGGGCUGCUUCACAGUAGUGAAGUUCAGCAACUACAUGGUUCUGGGAGGUGCUGAUAUAUGUGUAAAUUGUUCUUUUUUACAUUAUCAAAGCCUAGCAGGUAUAUGUAUUCAGACUUAGCAUUGACACAUUUUGUUUUGUUGUUGUUGUUUUUUUUUUUAUUAUUUUUUUGAGUUGGACAGUAAGUUAAUUUAAUGGAAGAAAUGAGAUGUUUGCCUUUGAAAUAAUACAGGACAAACUCUGAAUAAGAAUGAUGAGUAAUACUAAGACAACUGAUUAUAUAGUGUUUGUGGUCAUUCCCUGAAGUAUUAUGUAAUAUAUCUUAUAAAGUGCAAAAGCAGGGGCUGUAAUGUUUUGUCUUGUCAAUAUAUUUAAUUAAUAUUUUAAGUUGUAGAACAAAGGACAUUCUGGAAAGACUUGUUACUCCGUAUUUAAAAAAAAAAAAAAACUAGGAAAGAAACACAUUAAGUUAACAUGAGAUACUUAACCUGAAAACAAUCUCAUGUCCCAAAUAUGGUCUUCAGCCUUUAUAAUGUGGGGUCAUUUGGAGAAGGGCCCUUCAUGUCCUGUACUUGGAGUGGCCAGCACCAGCCCUUGUAAUGUAACAGGGUGUCAUGAGUGAUGGACUACCUAUUCAUGGGGCUUGUUCAUAUUGGCAGUGCUGCCUUGAGUAGCCUAUGCCUGUGUCAUCAGAACUGUGUCCUUUCCCUGAUCUUUUAAACUAUUUUUUUCAUCCUCUUUUCCAGUUAAUCCAUUUCUCAAAAUGGGUCAACAGUGAGAGAAAUUUAAAUAUUUACCUUUGAAUACUUCUUUCUUUUCAUAUCUAUAAAGCCAUGGAAGAAAUAAGCCGUUUUCCUUUGGCAAAGAUGCCACAUUUUCUUAGCAGGCUCUGACCUGCCAACCCACUUCACCAGAUUGAAGUGGAGCUCAGUGGUGUCACGUGAAGAAACAUCCCCAUCCAUGGCCUUAGACGAGUGCUUUGUGCCUCACCAUACACCACUUUCAGAAGUGCUAGUGUCCUUGCUAAGGAGGUUGAGGAGGAUGUCUGGUUUUGUGUAUGUGUUUUCACCAUAUCCCCAGUACCUAGUGUCUUGCACAAACUCAGUCCAGACUGUGUUAACUAAAGGGUCACUACUAGUGUUAGCAUGCUUCAUACCUCAGUAGUAUAAGCUAGUCGUUUCCUUUGCUGAUACUUGUAAUUAUCACCCCCACACACUACGUCGUUUUUGUUGUUAUUUUUAAAGUUAUGCCUUUUCUCUAGAUACUACCCCAUGGUCAAUUAACUGUAAAAAAAAAAAUGUGAUUGCUUCUAAUGAAAUAAUUACCCCAAACCCUUCCCCUGAAUAUACUUUGACAAGUGAAAUUUAAAUUUGUCAAAUAAAUCAGUCAUGUCUGAAAA